CAAUUUUAGAAAAAACAUCGGAGAAGAAACACUAAAUCAUAUAGUGUGAUAUCUUGUGGAACUUGAAAAAACAAAUUGACUUCACAUCUUCCAGAGCAACAAUACACAUAUCCAGACAAAAACCUCUUUCACCACAUGUACAUCUAGCAUCAAGACUAGUUCUCCAAUAUUCUCGAUUUCACCACUCGAAUAAUGUCUAGUUGUCCACCCACAAUAUAAAGACGUUAUAGUUGACCCAUUCAUAUAUCACUUGCAAUAACCUCAAUGGCUCCUCCUAACAAGCUUACACUUCCACUUACACCCAUAUGUUUGCUAGUAUACUUAUGGUGUUUUGGGGUGUUUAUGACGUUAGCCUUGGGUUCAAAGGCUAGACAUUUCAAAUGGGAAGUCGAUUACAUGUACGCUACACCCGAUUGCUUAGAAAACGUGGUCAUGGGCAUCAAUGGUCAGUUCCCUGGCCCAACCAUCAAAGCUCGAGCCGGUGACACUGUUGUUGUCCAUCUUACAAACAAACUCCAUACCGAGGGUGUCGUUAUUCAUUGGCAUGGUAUUCGACAGUUUGGAACACCAUGGGCUGAUGGAACUGCAUCCAUAUCACAAUGUGCCAUAAACCCUGGAGAGACAUUUGUGUACAGGUUCAAGGUUGAUAAGGCGGGUACAUACUUUUACCAUGGACAUUACGGGAUGCAAAGAUCAGCGGGAUUGUACGGAUUGUUGAUAGUGGACGUUGAGGAGGGAAAGAAGGAAAGUUUUCAUUAUGAUGGGGAGUUUAACUUGUUGUUAAGUGAUUGGUGGCAUAAAGGUGCUCAUGAACAAGAGGUUGAUCUUUCGUCAAAUCCUAUGCGUUGGAUCGGUGAACCCCAGAGUUUGUUAAUAAAUGGAAGAGGACAAUAUAAUUGCACAUUAGCACCAGCGCAUAAUAGCAAUGGCUCAAGUCUACCAGUGUGCAAAUUUAGAGGAAAUGAACAGUGCGCACCAAACAUCUUACAUGUGGAGCCAAACAAGACAUAUAGGCUGAGAGUGGCCAGCACUACUGCUUUAGCCUCACUCAACCUUGCCAUUGGGAACCACAAGAUGGUGAUGGUGGAAGCAGACGGGAAUUAUCUACAACCAUUUUCGGUUAAUGACUUUGACAUAUACUCUGGUGAAACAUAUUCAGUCAUAUUCCGUACAGACCAAAAUCUUUCCAAUAACUAUUGGAUCUCGGUGGGUGUGAGAGGAAGAGAACCAAAAACCCCUCAAGGUUUAGCAAUAUUACACUAUAAGUCCACCACUUCAUCAAAACUUCCCAAUCUUCCUCCUCCCAAGACCCCACAAUGGAACGACUACACCCGUAGCAAAUCAUUCGCUAACAAAAUUCUAGCCUUUUCAGGGUCACCACGACCUCCAACCAAUUACACUCGUCGAAUCUUCCUCCUCAAUACCCAAAAUCGUAUCAAUGGUUAUACCAGAUGGGCCAUUAACAAUGUGUCACUAAACCUACCCUCAACCCCUUACUUAGGGUCAAUAAAACAUGGUUUGACUAGUGCGUUUGACCAAAAAAGUCCACCCGAGACCUUCGUUAACACAUAUGAUAUCACUAUGCCCCCAUCAAACCCCAAUGCGACAUAUGGGAAUGGGGUUUAUAAGCUAGAAUUUGGCAAGACUAUUGAUGUGAUACUACAAAAUGCGAAUGCUCUAAAUGCGAAUGUGAGUGAGAUACACCCAUGGCAUCUUCAUGGGCAUGACUUUUGGAUAUUAGGAUAUGGAGAGGGGAAAUUCUCCAAGAAAGAUGAAAAGAAACUCAACUUGCAAAACCCACCAUUGAGAAAUACAGUUGUUAUAUUUCCUUAUGGAUGGACAGCGUUAAGAUUUGUUACUGAUAAUCCAGGUGUAUGGGCGUUUCAUUGUCAUAUAGAGCCUCAUUUGCAUAUGGGCAUGGGUGUGAUUUUCGCCUCAGGGGUUCAUUUAGUGGGGAAGAUACCGGAAGAAGCUCUUUCUUGUGGUUUGACAGGUAAGCUGCUAAGAAGCAAUAACCACAAUUAAAGGGGGUAAUUAUUUAACCCCUAAAUUUUUGAGGGGUUGUUUCUUGUUUAAUGAUAUAUGUGUGGGGUAAAAUUGCAUUUUUGUAAACUUUGAGGAUUUGUUGAAUGAACCCUAAAACUGCUUAUAGUUGAUUUUUGUAAACAUGGGUGUUUUAAUGGAGAUGUUACAUAAUGGUAUUGGUAACGAGUGAAUGAGCUAAAGCCGAAUAUGGUACGUAAAAUUGCAAAGGCAGAAAUUUUGUAAAAGAAUGAACUAUAAAUAUGUAAGUUUGGAGUCGAAUGAUCAUUCAUAUUAUUAUUUUUGUUCAUCUAAACUGUUAACUUGUUGAUUCAAAUUAUCAUGCUCGUUUGGAACAUUAACCAGAUUGUUUAAUAAAUUUAUCCGAUUAUAUUAAACUUUCAAUCAUUUUAUUGUUUCUUUCUUUAAAUAUUUUUUGGAAACAUUGUAAUAUUUAUGAUUCUGGUAGCAGUGAACGAAAAUAUAUAGUAAUAAAAUUUAUAAGGUGCAUGGUGCUUCUUGUGUAAUUGCAUCAAUGGAAGUCUGUUGUGUGAUUGUUGCACAAAAAAUAAAUAAAUAAAUAUUAUCUAGAAAAGAAAAUAAAUGAAUUUUCAGAAAUAAAAAAUCCCAA